CUCAUAUCAAACUUUGUCCCACCUAAAUUCAACUUCCCUCCACCACUCUUCCUAUAACUAUUCCUACUGGCACUCUGAACCCUGUAAUAAGUAGGUGAAGCAGAACAUAAAAAUAUGGCACCCAAGUCCAUUCAUCUGCUUCUAUUACUACAGUUCCUAUUGCAAAUCCUCGAGAUCCAUGCAAAAGUUCCGACCAUCAUCGUGUUCGGAGACUCCUCCGUAGAUUCCGGGAACAACAACCACGUCUCCACGGUCCUAAGGAGCAACUUUGAGCCUUACGGUCGCGAUUUCAACGGCGGUCGGGCCACUGGUCGGUUUUCCAACGGUCGGGUUCCGCCGGAUUUCAUCGCGGAGGCAUUUGGUGUCAAACCAGCCAUACCUGCCUACUUGGAUACUACGUAUAACAUAACUGAUUUUGCUACAGGAGUUUGCUUCGCUUCAGCCGGAACAGGUUAUGAUAAUGCUACAUCUGAUGUGCUAUCUGUAAUACCUCUGUGGAAAGAAGUAGAGUACUACAAGGAAUACCAGAAGAGGCUGAGAGACUAUUUAGGCGAUGAAAAAGCCAACAACAUUUUUAACCAAGCACUGUAUCUUAUAAGCUUGGGAACCAAUGAUUUCCUAGAGAAUUACUACUUAAUUCCCACAAGAUCGUCGGUGUAUUCUGUUGAAGAGUAUCAGCAUUUUCUUGAGGGGAUCGCGAGAAAUUUCGUCACGGAGCUUUACAAGCUUGGAGCCCGGAAGAUGUCUUUGGGCGGGCUUCCUCCAAUGGGGUGUUUGCCAUUGGAGAGAACCACAAAUCUCUUCUCUGGAAGUGAAUGUAUAGAGGAGUACAAUGAUGUAGCAAAGCAUUUCAAUUGGAAAUUGCAAGGAUUGGUUGCUAAUCUGAACUUGGAGCUUCCAGGAAUUAGAUUGGUGCUUUCAAAUCCAUAUGACAUUCUCUUAGAAAUCAUUCGGAAUCCUCACUCUUUCGGAUUUGAGAAUGCAGCAACUGCAUGUUGCGCGACUGGAAUGUUUGAGAUGGGUUAUUUGUGUAACAGAUUCAAUCCCUUCACCUGCCAAGAUGCAGAUAAAUAUGUGUUUUGGGAUUCCUUCCACCCCACAGAGAAAACGAAUGGUAUUGUUGCAGAUCAUGUGGUCAAGACUUCCCUAGCUGAAUUUCUUUGAUCAGUCCCAUUGUCUAUUGAGUUUUUGUAACCAUAAUAAAAUUAGUCCAAAUUGUUUUUAUA